AUGCGACAUGGAAGAGCAAGAAGCGCCGUAUCAGCUGCGAUUUCCGGUCUAACUCCGGCGACAAAACCACCGUUUACACAGCUUUGUAAUGUCCUUCUCGUCGCGUCUCUGUCGAAGACCUUGUCUCAAUCAGGUACACGGAGUCUCGACGCGGAUUCGGUUCCGAUUUCGGAACCUGUCGUCCUCCAGAUCCUUCGUCGGAACUCUUUAGAUCCAUCGAAGAAGCUAGAUUUCUUCCGAUGGUGUUUUUCACUCCGUCCUGGAUACAAACAUUCCGCAUCAGCUUACUCUCAGAUGUUUCGUACUGUUUGCCGGACAGGGCUGAUCGGAGAAGUUCCCGAUCUGCUUAGUUCGAUGAAGGAAGAUGGCGUCAAUUUGGACCAGACAAUGUCUAAGGUAUUGCUGGAUUCCUUAAUCCGUUUGGGUAAGUACGAUUCAGCGUUAGGAGUUUUGGAUUACAUGGAGGAAUUAGGAGAUUGCUUAAACCCUAGUUUAUAUGAUUCUGUUCUUAUUGCUCUGGUGAAGAAAAAUGAAUCGAGUCUUGCUUUGUCCAUUUUCUUUAAGCUUUUAGAAGCUUCUGAUAACAAUAGUGAGAAUGGAACUGUUGGGGUUAGUGUAAGUUAUCUUCCUGGAACGAUUGCUGUGAAUGAGCUCUUGGUAGGUCUAAGAAAAGCCGAUAUGAGAUUGGAAUUUAAAAGGGUUUUUGAUAAGUUAAAGGGAAUGAAAAGAUUCAAGUUUGAUACUUGGGGUUAUAACAUAUGUAUUCAUGUAUUUGGUUGUUGGGGAGAUUUGGAUGCUGCAUUGAGUUUGUUUAAAGAGAUGAAGGAGCAAAGCUCGGUCGCUGGAUCUUUUUCUAUUGGUCCUGAUAUAUGCACGUAUAAUAGCUUGAUCCAUGUGUUGUGUUUAGUUGGAAGAGCGAAAGAUGCUUUGAUUGUAUGGGAUGAACUAAAAGUAUCUGGCCAUGAGCCUGAUAAUUCGACCUAUCGUAUAUUGAUCCAAGGAUGUUGUAAAUCUUACCGGAUGGAUGAUGCAAUGAGGAUUUUCGGUGAGAUGCAGUAUAACGGGUUUGUUCCUGAUACGAUCCUGUAUAAUUCCCUUUUAGACGGGAUGCUCAAGGCAAGAAAAGUCACUGAGGCUUGUCAGUUGUUUGAGAAGAUGGUUCAAGAAGGAGUUAGAGCUUCCUGCUGGACAUACAACAUACUGAUUGACGGGUUAUUUAGGAACGGAAGAGCCGAGGCUGGAUUUACUCUCUUCUGUGACUUAAAGAAGAAGGGUCAGUUUGUCGAUGCGAUUACUUUUAGCAUUGUUGUGUUGCAGCUUUGCAGGGAAGGGAAGCUAGAAGGGGCAGUGAAAUUGGUGGAAGAGAUGGAAACUAGAGGUUUCUCUGUGGAUUUGGUUACAAUUAGUUCACUCUUGAUCGGAUUUCAUAAACAAGGGAGAUGGGAUUGGAAAGAGAAGCUGAUGAAGCACGUACGGGAAGGAAACGUGGUGCCUAAUGUUCUGAGAUGGAAUGCUGGAGUGGAAGCUUCACUAAAACGUCCGCAGAGCAAAGAUAAGGAUUACACCCCAAUGUUUCCAAGUAAAGGAAGCUUCCUAGAUAUUAUGAGCAUGGUUGGUUCAGAGGAAGAUGAAGCUAGAGCUGAGGAAGUUAGACCUAUUGAAGAUGACCCUUGGUCAUCAUCUCCGUAUAUGGAUCAUUUAGCCGACCAGAGCAAUCGACCUAAGCCCUUGUUUGCUUUAGCCAGAGGGCAGAGGGUUGAAGCAAAGCCAGAUUCUUUCGACGUUGACAUGAUGAACACCUUUCUAUCUAUUUAUCUGUCCAAAGGUGAUCUCAGCUUAGCCUGCAAACUCUUUGAGAUAUUCAAUGAAAUGGGUGUAACCGAUCUCACGAGCUACACCUACAACUCCAUGAUGAGCUCGUUCGUCAAGAAGGGUUACUUCAAAACCGCGCGUGGAGUGCUCGACCAAAUGGGUGAGAGCUUCUGCGCAGCAGACAUAGCAACAUACAAUGUAAUAAUCCAAGGAUUAGGAAAAAUGGGAAGAGCCGACUUAGCCAGAGCGGUUCUCGACAGACUCACAAAUCAAGGAGGAUAUCUAGACAUCGUAAUGUACAACACGUUGAUCAACGCGCUCGGGAAAGCAAACCGGUUAGACGAAGCAACACAACUGUUUGAUCACAUGAAGAGCAACGGAAUAAACCCGGACGUUGUGAGUUACAACACGAUGAUCGAAGUGAAUAGCAAAGCAGGGAAAUUGAAAGAAGCAUACAAGUACUUGAGAAUGAUGCUAGACGCGAAUUGUUUGCCUAACCAUGUAACCGAUACAAUCCUAGAUUAUCUUGGUAAAGAGAUGGAGAAAUCAAGGUUCAAAAAGGCUUCUUUUGUACGAAACAAACCAAACAAUGAUUCUUCUUCUUCUCCCUCUUAG